UCGACACGAUGCGCUUACCUUCUGUUGACAUCUUCACAUGUCGUGAGCCGGCCUGUCUGUAUUCGACUGUUGCAUCAAACAUACCAUUACCCACAUCACCAUCAACAAGCCGUGUUGCUGCACCUUCGACACUCACAGCUAUGCAGCAACUGGUUCAAGAUGCUCUCAAUACUUCCAAUCUAGGUGCUCAAGCUACAGAGCGGGUUGAAGGGCAAUUCCAUCAUAUCCAGUUAGCCAAACUUGCCGACGGAGAUGCACUCAUGAUCAAAUACCCUUCUAACCACAAUAUACGCUUACUUCGCCAUGAGAGGCAAACCCUAGAAGCUGAAUACAGGACCACAUCUAUCCUACGCGAAUUUACACAACUGCCAGUUCCAGAGAUUGUGGAUUACGAUGGCCACGGAAGUGUGUUCGGUUCACCGUAUCUCCUCACCGCCCGCACGCCAGGACAAAGGUUAUCUGAAGCAUUGCCUUACACCUCAAUAACUGAAAAAAACUCCAUCGAUAGGAUGCUUGGGUCGGUAGUGUGCACGCUCGCGUCGCUCACUUCACCACGCUUUGGGCCUAUCCACGAAGUUUCUGGCGGAAACGGAAGCGACUCGUGGCGUGAAACAUUUCUCGGCAUGCUCGAAGCUGCUCUACAAGAUGCCGAGGAUAUGCUCAUCACGUUGCCUUACGAAUUUCUUCGGCAGCGCGUGGGACAGCAUAGGUCAUCGCUCGAUCACAUCACCGUACCGAGACUGGUUGCUUUCGAUAUUUGCGAUCCCGAGAACGUCCUCGUGGAUGAAGACACCAAGCAAAUUACAUGUCUCAUGGGUCUCUCCAACUCCAUUUGGGGCGAUCCACUCAUGAGUGACGUGGUCGCAAAUGGCAGUGAUGACUUUUGCCGGAGAUACGAAGACUCGUUCCCUUGCGAGGAAGAUGCCCAAGUUCGACGCUCCAUAUACGCUGUGUACCGAGCGGUGGUGCAGAUAGUCGCCCAUCAUUAUCGACCGUAUUCCGGUAUCGAUGAACUCGAAGCUCGACGUUCUAUGACACAUGCGCUCAACGAGCUUGCGCAUGAGUGA